AAAAAAAAUAAAUUUAAAAAAACAUACAUGAGCACAUGCCGUAUUACAAAUAAGGAUUUUAGUCGUGUUCAUUUGGAGAAAGAAAAUAAGCACUAGUAAAAGUUCAAGUGGAUCAACUCGGGGCCCCCCGGUGGGUUCACCUCCAAACUCUCGCCGUCGCCCUCCCCGUCGACGUUACGCACACGCAGCCGUGGCGUGCCUGCGAGCCGAAUAACAUGGAGUCGUCCGCCUGGCAUCUCCGAGGGAUCCGCGCGCGGCGCCCGAGCAGCGACUAGGAGAGCAAGUUGCCCCCUCCCCCCCCCCGCCAUGGGAGCGGAGGAAUCCCCCCGCCAGCGUCGCCUCUGGGGCGUGAAAAGCUCCAGCUCCGUCCCGACGAGCAUGACGACCGCCGCCUGAGCAGCCAGCCAGCCCUGUCCUCCACCACCACCGCCCCCCACCCCCCCUGCGAUCCGCACAACCAGGCCGAUCACAAAGAAGAGGAGGCUGCACGAUGUAGGCAGGCUGGUCACCAGUGGGACUCCAUCCUGUUCUCUGGGGGGGGGGACCAUGGAGCCGGAGGGGCCGCUAACCCCAGGGACCAGUUAUGGGCCCCCGCCCUUCAACUCAGCACAAACCUUCCUCAGCUGCACCUUACAGUCCUCGUGCUCUCCGAAUGUGGGAGACGGGCUGAUGUCCGCCAAAUGCCCGUGGGGCCACGCUGACGGGGAUGAGGCCUCGGCGCAGGCCGAGGGCACGCAGCCCAGCGCACACCCGGGGAGGAACGCACAGAGGAGAUUCAGGUCCUCAGCCUUUCCCUCCUCCCUGAGCUGGGACUCCGACUCCGAGCGGGAAACGCAAGAUGAUGAGGAGGAGCUACAGCACUUUUCUAACCCUCAUGGUCUGGCUGCUCACAGCCCAGGAUCCCCGUCGUCCCGACUCAGACUUGAUAGUGAAGAUGACCCAGAACCUGAAAAACUGCGGCACUUACAUAGUAAAAUGGAGGAGGGGCGCGACGACGACAACGAGAGCACAAAGACAGAAGAGUCGACUACGGCUCAGCUUGGCCUGGCAGAAUUGGCAGACAACAAAGUCUGGAAUGUAUCUGAGGGAGCCGAGCUGUUUCUGUCCAAAAUGAAACCAAAGGGAGGUUGUUGCCAAAUGGAGGAAGAGGAGGAGGAGGAGGAGGAGGAGGAGGAGGAAGUGGUCAACCGUGAGGGAGGUGAGCGAGCGAAGAGGCCCAGGGGAAAGGAAACCAAGGAGUCUGAGAGAGAUGUGUACACCUUCCCGGGGGACUCGGACCCCGAGAGUCCCCCUCCUGCACCUUGGGCUCAUUGCACAUUCGUCCAGCGGUGCAGAAAGAAGAGGGUGCUGCUCAGGCCUUUCUCUGGACUUGGCACCUUGAAGCGCACAUUGCCUGAGUCGGGCCAUCAGGCGGGAAGAGUGAGUCUCCCGAAAUCCCCCUCCUCUGAGAUGGCACAGCUGGGUCAAGGUGGAGGGGUCUACGAUUUUGAGCAAGUCGGCUUCGGAGGGGGAGCGGAGGAGGAGCCGCUCAAGUUCCGACAGCGAGGAGCGAAAAGAGACGGGGAGGAAGAGGGCGGGGUCGAGCCAGCUGGAGAAAUCUUCACCUGUGUGGAAUGUAGCAUUUACUUCAAAAAGCAGGUGCACCUGCAGGAGCACAUGGUCGAGCACUGUCAGAGUGGUUCCGGGGGUGGCAGGCGUGGAGGAAAGGCCGGCCGCUUUCGGUGUACUGAGUGUGGAUGGAACCUGCCAAGUCGACUCGCGCUGGCAGACCACCACAAAAGCCACCAGGAGUCCCGUCUGAAGAUCCUGGAGGAGAUUGAGAAACUGAAUGAAAACGAGACUCAGAGACUGGACAGUAAGGUGGCGAAGGACGUGAGCUCAGAGUCAGUCGGUAUGCACGAUACAGCCCUGAUUCCCGGCAAAGCGUCAGACCCACAUGGAGUCACAUCUCCGCCUCUAUCCCCGGCCCCAGUUUCAACACAGGAAACCCACCCGGAUGCAGCUCUUCCGAAUUCUGUUCGAUCCCCAGCUCAUGCCCGAGCUGCCUCUGCCUACCGCCGCCGCUUCGUCUGCACCAAGUGUAACUUCAGCACAAGAACCUCCCAGGCACUGGCUAAUCACUCAAAGACCCACAACAGGAAAAGAAACGCUCCCCAGGCCGUCUCUCCGCCUCCCGGUUCACCGUCAUGUCUAACAUCUACUUGCCUGGCCUGCGGUCAUUGUGCCUUCCAGACCUCAAGUGAAACUGCACUGAGGGAACACCAGAAACUCGCUCACUCCGGACAGUUCUCCAUCAGUGGGGCGCCGGAUGAUGGGACCUGCCAGAGUUCAAAGUCUAAUGUGGUUGCUGGAAUUUCUAAACCCGCCCUUAAUUCCGACCCCCUCUCCGGGUCUGGAUCCCUGCCCGAUGAAGGGAUCCAGAGCCAAGGCCAACAGGGGCUCAGUGCGUCGGAGGACGGCACGGCACCAGACAGCGCCCCAGCAGCAAGUCGGGUGGUCUUCAAGUGUGUGGGGAACCGGAGAUUCAGCAGGAGAGGGAAGGCUUGGGCCGAUCUGGCUCAGUUUCCUCACAGACUGGACGACGACCCGCUCCCCGGGAGUGAAGAAGAAGGGGAACAGGAUGAGUAUCGCAGCACAGAGCUUGACAGCGAAGUGUCCGAACACGAGGCCAGCUCACCUGGCGGAGUGAGACGACGCAUGAGAGCGCGAUCCAGCACAGAUGACCUUGCAACACAGAAGAGUCCUACGUUGUCGCUCCCGCCUAAGAAGAGUGAGAAGGAUGAAGACAAGCAGGAAGUGGAGAGAGAUGGAAAGCUUUUAAUUCUGAGGAGGAGCACCCGGGUUACCUCUGCUCCCGCCGAAACCGACAGCGACGACGACGACGGCGGCGACAACGGCGGCAGUGACGAGGAGCGCGUGCGACGUUUCCUGUCAGAGGGCCUCUUGGAUGAAGAGAUUGAUGAGAUCGACGAGGACGACGAGGAGCUCCGGAGCGUGGAGAGGAAAUGCCCCUACUGCCCCGAUCGAUUUCACAAUGGCAUCGGGCUUGCCAAUCACGUGAGAGGCCACCUGAACCGAGUGGGUGUCAGCUACAAUGUGCGUCACUUCAUUUCCCCCGAGGAGGUCAAUGCGAUUGAGAGGAAGUUCUCCUAUCAGAAGAAGAAGAAGAAAGUCGCCAACUUUGACCCGGACACAUUCAGUGUGAUGCACUGCGAGUUCUGUAGCGCCGGCUUCGACACCCGCGCCGGCCUGUCCAGCCAUGCCCGGGCCCACCUGCGCGACUUUGGCAUCACCAACUGGGACGUCACCAUCUCGCCGAUCCACAUCCUGCGGGAGUUGUUCUCCAGCAGGCCCGACCUUGUCAUCCCGACGGCUCCCCCGCGUAGCCUCUGCUCUCCACAUGAGGAAGGGGAGGAGGACGAGGAGGAGGGGGAGGGGGAGGGAAUCGCUCGAGUAAAGCUCGAGGGGGAGACGAGCGAAAGGCCGCUGAGUGCUUCCAUUUCUGGUGCGGUGCCCUCGGCGUCUCCUCAACACUGGAGGAAGGAGGAGUUUGAUGGGGACGAGGAGGAAGCAGCCGAGGAGGACGACGAUGAGGAGCCGCAGCUCCCAGCUCCGGACGGCGUGAGCUCAAGCCCGGGGAGGACGCGGCCGUGCAGCGCGGAGAGGGACGGCCUCUCUCCCGAGGAGGACGCGGACACCAAGGACCGCAACUUGAAGUGCGAGGUGUGCGGAGCUCAGUUUGGGACCCGACGGGGACUGUCCAGCCACGCCCGCUCUCAUCUGCGCCAGCUGGGCAUCCGUGUCUCGGAGAGCAGCGGGGCGCCCAUCGACCUCCUCUACCAAAUUGCCAAGGAGCGCAGUGUGGACGGCCAAAUAGGCUCACCUCUUCCGGGGCCCCUUUCGGCCAAGAACCCCUCCGCUCCCGCCCCGCGGAGAGAUGAGGAUUUAGAAGACAUGGACUUGGACGAGAAACCGCUCCCGCUCUCCCUCCUGUCCAAAGCGGCGAAAGCGGCGCCGCCCUCGUCGUCCUCCACGCCCGCACCCUCUCCUGGUGCCUCCCCAGCUCCGCAUCUUUCGGGCUCCCCGUCCUCAGUCGUGAGGAAAGCCCCCAUCUCCUCCCUGCUGCCCGUGUCUUCCCCCUUGCGCUCGCCGGAGCACAAGGCCGGGGGAAUGAAAAGCUUGACCUCUAACUUCUCUGCCACAGUCACAACAACCAAACCCCUCUGGGCACCGCAGGAGAACGAUGCUCCUCUCAACCUCACACUGGAAGUGGACCCCAACAAGGACAUUGUUUGCCAGCUUUGCGGUGCCUGGUUCGAGACGCGGAAAGGCUUAUCGAGCCACGCACGGGCCCACCUGCGGCACUUUGGGGUGGAGUACUCCGAAUCCAAGGGCUCGCCCAUCGAUCUCCUGAACCAGCUCAUCGAUACCGACGACUUCAAGCACAAAGCCAAUGCGUUGCAGCUUGACGGCCACGCAGAUCCACGAGGCCUCACCGCCACACUCUCCUCUCCCAAGCAGUCCCUGCUGAGCCUCUCCUCCUCCCCCCCGUCCUCCCUCCUCUAUAAGGUGACCACGGCUGGAGGCGGGUCGACGUCCAAAGCUACCUCUUCCUCUGCCUCGCCUUUGCUCGGCCCGCCCGCCAAGCGUCUCAAGUCUUCUUCCAUGCAGCUCUUCCGCCUGAGCAGUGGUGAGCUAAUGGCCCUUCCACACAGUGAACCUCCAAAGGAAAUAGGCUGCGAGUUCUGCGGGGAGUAUUUUGAGAAUCGCAAAGGGCUCUCCAGCCACGCCCGCUCCCACCUGCGCCAGAUGGGCAUUACUGAGUGGUCCGUCAACGGUUCCCCGAUUGACACCCUGAGGGAGAUCAUCGCCAGACGGGGCCUGCCCUGCGCCCUUCCUCUAAAACCUCGCAAAACGCCGCCUCCGUCCUCUCCGGGACCCCCCCGUUCCCCUCUGUCAACCUCCUCCUCUCCUUCAGCCACUCUCCUCAGUCGCCUGCCCUUCGCCUUUGCCCGCCCCUCCAGUCCUCCGCAGCCCGCCGUGUCCAAAUCGAGCUCGGCGCCACCGACCUCUUCCAGCGGCCUAAUCCUCAAGAUGAAGCCUGAGCCGGUGCAGCUGGAGGUCACCACGCCUGGAGCCGUGGGGAGAUCUGGGAGCUUCUCCACUGAACCUCUCAGCUGUAGCUGGAGCAGCACUGACAAUGUGUUCCCCCUCAACUUGGCCAUGGCCCAUGAAGUGGAGCCAACGAGGGAUAUUCGCUGUGAGUUCUGCGGCGAAUACUUUGAAAACCGCAAAGGCCUUUCCAGCCACGCCCGCUCCCACCUGCGCCAGAUGGGCAUCACGGAAUGGUCCGUCAACGGCUCGCCCAUCGACACCCUGAGGGAGGUGAUGCACAAGAGAGGGGGCGGCGGCGGCGCCUCCUCGGACCAGGGAGUGAAGAAGGAGUCGAGCCAGGGGGCCAACAGCCCCCGAUGGGAGAACACCGGGGGCGCCGGCAGUUCAGACGGUUUGGGUUUUUCCGGCUACCAGUCGUCCAAAUUCCGUAAAUCUCCCCUCAGUUUGCUGCAGUCGGGGUCGAGACUCCACAAGCAGGGCCUGGGGUCCCUGGGCCCAUCUGCCUCCACACCUGCAGGGAAGUUUUUCCGGAUGUCGCCACUGGGGAAGAGGCCCCUGUCAGAGGAGGCCCAGUCGGUGGAGACUUCCAAAUCGCAUCAGCUUAAACCCUUCUCGCCCUUGCCACAUGAUUUCUCCUACAAGAGAAAGCCCUCCCCGGACAAGCAUGGACACCGGGACCCCAGCUGCGAGUUGUGCGGGUUCUACUUCGAGAACCGCAAGGCUCUGGCCAGCCACGCGCGAGCCCACCUGAGGCAGUUCGGCGUGACCGAGUGGUGCGUCAAUGGAUCCCCGAUCGAGACGCUCAGCGCGUGGAUGCGCAGCAGGCCACAGAAGGUUUUGGAGAUGCACCGUAGCUACAUGCAGGGGAACCGCUCUGCCCUCAAGAAGAAGGCCGCCUCCACCUCCUCGUCCUCCUCGCAGUGGUCGUCUUCUUUGGCCGUGAGCCUUCUGCGGCCAGCGAGCCGCGAGUUCGGCCAGGGCUCCUCCAGGAGCGCGGAGGGCGUUGAAACUCGCACCAGUCCACAGGCCUCUGCCAUCAGGCCCGGCCGCGGCAGCAGUCCCAGUCCCUCGCGGCUCGCCGGCGGCCUCCCACUUCAAGCACAGGUGGCGCGCAGUGAGCUGAACGUCCGCCUGCCCAGAGGUUUCGAGCGACGGCCCUUGAAGCACCCGUCAUGUCCAGACGGAAUGGAAAGAGACAGCGGCCCUCCCAAGCCCCCCCGCACAGGCACGGUCCCCGCUCUGGUGCCCAAACCACCUUCCUACCCGCUGGUCAAACUGGUGGGCAAGUUCUACACCCUGAAGUGCCGGUUCUGCGAGGUGGAGUUCCACGGCCCCUUGUCGGUGCAGGAGGACUGGAUCAGACACCUCCAGCAGCACAUCCUCAAGAUGAACUACAACAAGCCCGCCGCCCCCAAGGCGGCCCCCGCUGAACCCCCUGCCCCGUCUGAUGACCUGCCCCCGGUGCAGGCCUCCGCCCCGGCCUCCGCCUCUACCUCCAGUACCACCUCGACCGCACCUGCCCUCGCCCUCGCCCUCGCCCCCGCUCCGACCCGCACCACAGCACCCAACAGCCGCUCCUCAACACCUGCCGCUGAGUGUGCCCGCACCGCCACCGCCGCGGAGAUCGCCAAGGUCUCCGCGGAGCAGCCCACCCUCACUCCGACUCCUAUCCCCCCCCCUACCCAGAUGGUGUAAGCUCAAAUUCAUCGCUCACUGUCAUUGUUUUCUCCUGACUUUCUACACUUUCUUUUCGUCCAUCUGUUUUUUUAGUUUGUUUUCCUUUGGCCUUCACAGAGCGUUGUUGUGGGGGAGUGUUUUCCCCUCCAAAGAACCCUCUGAGCCCCAAGCACCUUUGAAGCAGCUUUUUUAGCCUGUUUGUAAGUCCCCGUUACCAUGGCAACAAAGCUCUCCUGGCUCUUUUAUUGCACACCGGGGAUUGUGGGAACUGUCCAAGGUUAUGAGGAGAGAUGAACUAAUGUUUUGCGUUCCCUGUUUAUGUCGCGGUGUUGAUUUGGACCGUUUGCCGCACCUCUCCUCCCGAUUUAGGGGUGAAUCAAACUUCAAUUCCCCUGUCCGUUACAGCGCCCCCCCCCUCUCCACCCCACCCCAACCCCCGGAGAUUUAAAUGAUGAAAUCAUCCCAAUCUUGUGGUUGAGAUUUUAAAACAUGUGGUAACACUAAGUGUUAAAAAAAAAAGAAAAAAAAAAAGAGGCACUUUUACCGUUGACAUUGUCACGCAGCACUUACUGAAAUGCCCAUUUGAAAUGGGUGGAAUUUGACUGAUUCUGAUUGGUUAAAGGAGCAAGAUGCGGAAGCACACCCAAAAAGGGAAGGUCCCCUACUUAACUUUAUGAUGUAAUUCUUUCCCCAAAAUACAUUUAUGUUUUUGCUUGAAUGUAGCUUAAAGCACCUAUUAAUAUAUAUGCACACAUUCGCACACAAUCAAACAUAUGGCCCCGUGUUACUCGACCAUUGAAGUUUUGCCUUUUACGAUGUUAACUACUCCGUGGUUUGCUGUUUGCAGCACACGGGGCUGCUGUCGCGUUGCUUUCUGAUGUUUGAGAUUUGAGAAGUGGGGCCAUGGAAAAAGGUUCGACGUCGCUCAUUUCGAGUUUGUUUUUUUCCAUUCGCAGUGUUGCCAUUUCCUUCCUUCCUGCCAUUUUCAGUGUAACCCAAAUUAUUAUUUAUUUAUUAUUAUGCAUCUGAAUGUGGUUAAGCUAGGUCAUUUUAAAGCUAAAGUAGAUCUUCGGAAUGUUCAAAAGUAGGUCAGCGUUGCACUUUUACCCUCGUGCGCAAUCUGAGUGUCUUAGUUUGUUAUGUCUGUGUGCAUACAUAGCCAAUGUGCAUUUGUUUCCCACUUGAGAGAGAACGACCGAAGUAAAAUUGCUUGAUAGGAAGACACGCCCCCUCCCCCCUUAGCUCAAAGUGAACUAAAUUACGGGGCCCGUCUGUGUGUAGUGUGGGUCAGGACUUGUAUGCAUCCAUCAUCGUGUUAGGGUGUGCCAAAGAGUCUGUUUACUUCCUUGUCUUGCCUCUGUAACAGCUGUUUACAUUGGACCUGAUGGUGGAGGAAACUCUGCACAGCUAUCGAGGUUCCCCAAGGCUCCACACCUAUCAAUGGACUGAACCGGCGGCGAUCUGCGCGCACCGCCGGGUUCCCGCCCUAGUCGGGAAAGACUCGGGGCGACUCGGAGCCGCUUCAUGGGACUCGUGUUGUUACUGUAGGGUUAGAUUAUUCCAAUUAACCACGAACACAACCAGUCAAACUCUCACGAGCGGUCAGGCCGCAGUCCAAACACAGGAGCGCACCUGACCUCGGGCUCCUGGGGGCUUGAAAGUCUGCGUUCCGUGUCUUUCUACAUUGCUUCAGAAAGUGUGUUCGCAUCGCCGUAGAACUGAAGCAAUAACUUGAGGGUCCAUGUAGGCUGAUGAACUUUUUCGAGUUUGUUCCAGUGUUUGAAACAUGACUGUUCAAUCCAAACGAUACCCCAACCCUUUUAUGGAGUAUAGAUACAUACCAUAUAACUACAUGUACUUAAGAAACUGUCGACGCUAGUAGAGCUAUCUGCAGUUCUAAUAGCAAGGUAGUUUAAAAAAAAAAAAAAAAUUAAGUGAUCUUAAUUCCUCUGGUGUGAUUUGAUUUCCAACUUUGAUCUGUCUUUUUUUAUUGCUCUGUGCAUUUCUGUAUUUGCAGUCCUGCAAGGUGAAUCUUAGAGUAUUUUUUAUUUUCUAUCCGUUCGUCUCUCCGAGCUGAAACUUCGGUGCUGGUGAGAAUCUUGCCGGUCAGCGAGCUGGCAGGCGACUGAACGUGAGGGAAACAUUGUAAUGUGAUUGUCACGUCCUGGUAUCAAAAGGACUCUAAGAAGCAGGCCUUAAAGGGGACGACCGCUUCGCGCGGCGAGAUAUGACCCUCCCUCUGCAUUCACAGAGUAGCGGACGCUGCGGGUCUGUGUGACUGCGCGAGGUGUGAACGAGGGGGCAGGUGCCAUGGAGGUUCCCCUUUUAAGAUUACCUGGAAAAGCCUCAGCCGGUGUGACCGGCCGCUUUGUGUGUACGUGUGUGAGCGAGCGAGUGUAUGAGUGUGAUGACAUGACAUGACAAUGAUGACGACGAUAAAAAAAUGCAGUCGAGGGAAGAACUGUACUGUACACAAAGGGGUAAGUUUGAAGCGAAUCAACUCCAGAACAAACAAUAAAUGUGAUUUCAAUUUCA